AUGAGUGGCCGUAAUCUGCUCAUAAAUGCAGAGUGCCUCGUCCACACUUUUCCGGAUGACUUACCGUCCCGGUAUAAAGCACAGUGUUACGAGACGGAAAUGUUGACGGAGUUUCGGGCGAGAACGAACCGACCUCGACGCGUCGAUAUGGCGAAUGAGACCGAGCCGAGUGAUCCAUCUGUUCGCCAGCGAAUCGAUACGGCCGGAAAACAGCGUGGAUGCGAUGCGGAACACGCGUCCAGCAACCGGUACGGCGUUUGUCGUGUAUUUCAGGAAACACACUUCUUCACGAGAACACCCGAGAAUUUUCGAGAAGAUACUGGAAACACAGCACACACGUGCAUCCGUUGUUUAUGA